CAUUGGUGAAAAAAUUCCAUUUCUGUAAGCCAAACAUUAAACUUCUGAUUUGAACUCCCAACCAAAAAGUCACCAAAACCAUUAGAAUUUCUGUCCUUAAUUUCUGUUGGUUUUUCCAUCUGCCUGCAGAACCCAGUAAAAAUGUAUCCAAGAUUCAUCAGGAUUGACAUUGUAGUCAGUUCUUUGGUGAUUCUAUGGCAUUUUGUUUCACUCUUGACUGCCCAACAACAAUAUGCGGGAACUUCCACUCUCACCUGUAAUAACACUGACAAAACAGGGCCGUCUCCGGCGUUUUUGUACACCUGCAACGGCCAACACCGUUCCUGCCAGACCUUCAUAAUCUUCAGGUCUCAGCCUACUUAUAAUUCAGCCAUUUCCAUCUCAAAACUCUUGAAUUCCCCUCUUCUGGAGCUUUCUCAGAUUAACAAUAUCUCUGCUUCUGAGCCCUUGCCUCCGAAUUCGGAGGUGAUCGUCCCGGUGAAUUGUUUGUGUUCAGGUAAUUACUAUCAGGCUAACAGUUCUUACACUGUCCAGAGUGAAUCCGAUACCUACUACAAAAUUUCCACCAAAACUUUUCAGGGUCUUUCAUCUUGUAACUCAAUAAUACAAGAAAACCCAUACGGCAUUUAUGAUUUAGAAGUCGGUGACGAAUUAAGGGUGCCACUUAGAUGUGCGUGCCCUACUAAAAAUCAGACUUCAGAAGGGAUCAAAUUCCUUCUAACGUAUUUGGUUGAUUGGAAUGAUAAUAUUGAUGAUGUAAGUAAAAGAUUCAAUGUAACUACUAAAAGUAUUGUCGACGCCAAUGGGUUUCUCGAUGUUGAUUCUGUUCUGUUUCCUAAUACAACAGUUCUAAUUCCUCUGCUGAGUGCACCUUUAAGCUCGCAAACCAGAAGAGGCCAUCCGCCACUUGUUGUUGCGCCACCUUCUAGAAGGCAUAAGAAUUCAAUAAAAUGGAUUCUUGUUGGGAUUGGAAUUGGAAGUUCUCUUGCGCUGCUCUCAUGUCUCUUGUUCCUUAUCUUUUGGCAUUCCAGAGGCGGAAAAAUUACAACAGUCUUUCUUGGGAGUAAGCAGAGGAAAGAUUCUAAGCAUUUGACAGAUAUAAAACAAAAAAUUAAUGACUUUGAGCAGGACCUGAAAAUUUUUGGGUUCGACGAAUUGGAGUGUGCGACCGAAGGCUUUUCUGCUCGGAAUCAGCUGAGCGAUUCGGUUUACCAUGGUGUUCUUCGGGGAAAAUCGGUAGCCAUCAAGAAAAUGAAUAGGGAUGUUAAGAAGGAAGUCCGAAUUCUGCAGAAGAUAAACCACUUCAAUCUGGUAAGCCUUUAUGGUGUGUGCAAGCAUAAUUGUUUGUAUUACCUCGCUUAUGAGUUCAUGGGGAAUGGAUCCCUGAGACAAUGGAUCAAUCAGGAGGAGAAUCCUGAGAGCAGAAGCUGGAAUAUCAGGAUUCGAAUGGCGUUAGACGUCGCGAACGGGCUUGAUUAUCUCCACAAUUUCACUGCUCCAGGAUAUGUUCAUAAGGACAUAAACAGCAGCAAUGUCUUGGUCAGCUCUGACCUGAGAGCCAAAAUUGCCAAUUCUAGCUUUGCAAAACCAUCCAAAAGCAGGGGAAAUGGUAAUUCAACGUCCUUUUCAGAUUCGUGUUCAAAAGUAAUGGGAACAAAAGGAUACAUGGCACCAGAGUAUUUGGAAACUGGCAGAGUUAGUCCUAAAAUGGAUGUAUAUGCUUUUGGGGUUGUUCUCUUAGAAUUGAUCACUGGAAAAGAAGCCGUUUUUAAGGAAGAUGGUCGCGAAGUCUGGCUUUCAGAAGCAGCCAUUAAAGUGAUGUCUGCUGCAAAUGCUACAGCUGCUAUUGGAAGAUUCAUUGAUCCAAAAUUGCAAGAAAAACACCCACUUGGUUUCAUCAUUGAUAACUCAAGACUCGCUUUGCGGUUGCUUGAAGUUAGUGCAGCAUGUUUGGCAACUGAUCCGACAAAUAGACCAACCAUGGCUGCAGUGAUUUCCAGUCUAAUGAAGGUUCAGUUAGAUGUGAAAACUGAUUGUUCUUUUUCUAUGUAAUAAGCGAUCCAGUUAUACGGAAUUAGGGAUAUUAGAUUUAAGAUACUAGUUUACAAGUUCAUAUCUUGACAAAAAGAAAGGGAAUAAAACAUGCAAACUUGGUUCUCUUUGAGUAGUAAUGUACUCACUCCGUCCCAUAAUUAUUGUCCAG